GUGUAAUCAAAACAACAAAGUUGUGUGUUUGUACACCUCUUUGUUAUUUAGGAGUCAACUGUUUUUAUUGAAUAUCUUACGGAUGAGAUACUGGUGGGCCAGAAGCUGUAUACGAUAUAUCUUGGCCGGCUGCUGGAAACGGAGGAUUAUGUCAUGUGAGGUUCCACGUUCUCUGUUUUGUAUUUAAGCGAUGGCGAGCAACAUGCUAGUUUAGUUACUCAGCCGUUCGUUCUGUGCUCUGUACCUGAUAGUAAAAUUAGCUUCAGUAUCUUUUAUUAAAUAACUGACUUAAGGUCUCGAAAAAAAAAAAAACACAAAAUGCCGGAAGGUUAUACGGGAGCCACUGCCUGGCUGCAAAUACAAAGCCUGUUGAACAGCGUUAAUCACAUGCUGAUCUUCCUGGUGGCCGCCUUCUUUUUCGUCCUGGCCCGUAGUUUGGAGUUCGAGGGUACUGCCAUGCAUAUGUUUAUGACCGGCAUUGGAUUCCACGUCCUAAUAGCCCAGGCCAUGAUGUCACAUUCGAAAGUUAAUCCCCUCACCCGCUGGCUUUCACACCGCAACAAGUCGCGUUUCCACGCCAUCCUGCAAAUCGUGGGUGGUUCCAUGGUCCUGUUGGGCUCGCUGGGCAAGUUUUCCAGCAAGGAGGUGCAUUUCAACACCUGGCAUGGCCGAGUGGGAGGAGCUGCUGCCUUUGGCUGUGCGGCCAGUAUUGUGGGCGGGAUUGUGAACUAUUUCCAGCCCAAACCAGUCCUGAAAGUGGUGCCUGCUUCGGAGCUGCGUUUCCGGCAUAACCUAUUUGGCUUGGUCACCUUUACCCUGGGCAUGGGUGCCAUUUACCUGGGCUACUCCUCUAAGUUCUUCACCAAGUUUGUGGACAAUGACUUUAUUCCUGGCAUGAUGCUGGUCACCACUUUGGUUUAUGUGCUCACUAUCAUUGCACCGGUGUCGUCGCUCCUAACUAAACUUAAGUACAGGUCCAAAAAGAAGGCGGCUCACAGUCAGUAACCUAUUUCUGGGGAGGAUGAGUCUGAAGCAACUGAGGCUAACCGGAAUUUGUCAGGUCCGAGCACGAAAAUAAAGAGCUUGGCGCCUAGCCAAAUUGAAAAAUCUGGCCGCCACUCUAAUUGCAUAUGCAGACACAAAGAGUCGACAACCGGCAAUCUGUCAAUAUUAUAAUGAAAUAUUAUGGUCAUCGUG